GUGGAGAUGCACCCCCGAAAUCGUUAUUAGGCAUGGUCACGAACUCGUCGCGAGCAACUCAAAGCAACAAGGAGUAGCCGAAGGGAUCACAGAGGAAGCCGCUUUCAGCUGGCGCGUUUUUAAAAAACCUGGGCUAAAUCCUCCGUCCUCCGCACUCGAAACCUUCUCGGCCGUUUCCUCCCCGUCGCGCUCCGCCGCUCCGCCCUCUUCUUGAAGGACAACAGAACCGUAGCUAUUCAGCUAGUCUAGAUCUUUUAUUCUUGAAGCUCCCGGGCUAACCUAAUUGGGGUUUCAAUUUCCUUCGCAUUCUUUGGGUUUAGAUUUUUGUGUAAUCGGGAUAUGGUAUGGGAGGACGAGAUCGUUGGGACCGAUGUUGCUUCGGCUGGGCUUCACAUUAGUGAGUGCAUCGGUCGGGAUGCUGCCAGUCAGCUUGACCUGGAGGAGGCACUGGAGGUUUCUCGGUAUUCCAGUCAUCCCUAUUCUUCCCACCCUAAAGAGUGGCCUCCUGUGGCUGAAGUGUUGGAUACAAGAGAGUUGCCCGCGGUGCUGAUUGACAGGUAUAAUGCAGCUGGUGGUGAAGGAACAGCUUUGUGUGGAAUUUUCCCAGAUAUACGCCGAGCUUGGGCUUCAGUUGAUAACUCUUUAUUUCUUUGGCGCUUUGAUAAACGGGAUGGACAGUGUACUGAAUACAGUGGAGAGGAACAAUUGAUUUGUGCUGUUGGUCUUGCUAGGGUGAAACCGGGUAUAUUUAUUGAAGCAAUUCAGUAUAUUGUGGUGGUGGCAACUCCUGUUGAGUUACUUCUUAUUGGAGUGUGCUGUGCUGCUAGUGCUGAUGGUACAGAUCCAUUUUAUGAAAUUUUUCUGCAACCAUUACCUGAGUAUACAAUGCCCUCAGAUGGUGUCACUAUGACAUGUGUUGCCUGCACGGAUAAGGGUCAGAUUUUUGUCUCCGGUCGUGAUGGACAUAUUUAUGAGAUUCAGUACACAACUGGCUCAGGAUGGCGCAAGCCUUGUCAUAAGAUCUGCCUGACAAGUGGUUUUGGUACUGUUGUUUCAAGAUGGAUUUUACCAAAUGUUCUUAAGUUUGGAGCCGUGGACCCAAUUGUAGACAUGGUUAUUGACAACGAAAGACAUGUUAUUUAUGCACGGACAGAGGCCAUGAAACUACAGGUCUUUGAUUUGGGAGUAGGUGGUAGUGGCCCCCUUAAAAGAGUUGCUGAAGAGAGAAAUUUAAUUGAUCCACGGGAUUCACAGCAUAGAGGUAGGCGGCCUGGAUCAAUAUCAAUUUCUCAGGCUGCUAAGCCAUCAAUAGUUUCUAUUGCACCUUUGUCCACUGUGGAAUCAAAAUGGUUGCAUAUGGUAGCGGUUCUAUCGGAUGGGAGAAGGCUAUACAUUUCUACUUCACCUUCCAGUGUUAGUAAUGCUUCUGCUAGUUUAACAAGUCUUGGUAAUGCUGUUCAGCGACCAUCAUGCUUAAAGGUUUUAGCAACAAGGCCUUCACCACCCUUAGGAGUUGGUGGCGGGCUUACCUUUGGAGCUAUAUCUGCUGCCAAUAGAACCCAAACUGAGGAUAUGGCCUUGAAGGUUGAAACAGCUUUUUAUUCAGCAGGCAUGCUUGUUUUUUCAGAUUCUUCAACUCCAGCUGUAUCUUCUCUUCUGAUUGUGAAUCGUGAUCCCACUACUCAUUUAUCUCACCCUAGUAACUUUGGAAUUUCUUCAAGAAGUCCUCGUGCAUUGCGUGAGCUAGUUUCUUCCUUCCCUGUGGAGGGUCGAAUGCUGUGUGUUGCUGAUGUUUUGCCUCUGCCAGAUACUGCAGCUACUGUGCAUUCAUUGUACUCUGACUUGGAUGAGUUUGGUGGAUUAAUGGAAUCACGUGAAAAGGCUUCUGCUAGACUGUGGGCUAGAGGAGACCUUCCAACCCAACACAUUCUACCAAGGAGAAAAAUCAUUGUUUUUAGCACCAUGGGUUUGAUGGAGAUUGUUUUUAACAGGCCUGUGGAUAUUUUGAGAUUACUUUUCGAGUCUAAUGCGCCAAGAUUGCAAAUAGAAGAGUUUUUCAAUAGGUUUGGUGCUGGAGAGGCUGCUGCAAUGUGUUUGAUGUUGGCAGCGAAGCUAAUUUCCGAUGAAGAAACUAUAAUAAGCAAUUCUGUUGCUGAGAGGGCAGCUGAAACAUUUGAAGAUCCUGCCAUUGUUGGCAUGCCACAGCUUGAAAGUAUUGCUGCGAUGUCAAGUGUCAGGGCCCCAACUGGAGGCUUUAGCAUGGGACAGGUGGUACCGGAGGCAGAGCCUCUUUUUUCUGGUGCUCAUGAAGGUCUUUGUUUAUGUGCAUCCAGGCUGCUCUUUCCAGUGUGGGAACUACCUGUUUUGAUUGUUCAACGAGAGAAUGGAUCUGAUAGGCUGUUUGAAGAUGGGGCCAUUUGUUGCAGACUCCCUAGUAGUGCAAUGCAGGUUUUAGAAAGCAAGAUUCGCUCACUGGAACAAUUCAUACGGUCCAGACGAAAUAAAAGAAGGGGACUGUAUGGUUCUGUUGCUGGUAGAGGUGAUUUUUCUGGUUCAAUUCUAUAUUCAACUAGUCAAAAUGAAGGGAGGAACCUUUUUGGUUUAUCCUCUGUUGGUACUGGUUCCGGAGAUGCUGCUUCAAAUAAAAGGCAGAGACUUCUUUAUACUAGUGCUGAGCUGGCUGCAAUGGAGGUGAGGGCGAUGGAAUGUCUUAGAAGACUUCUUCGGAGAUCCAGUGAAGCACUUUUCUUGCUACAAAUUAUCCACCAGCAUCAUGUGGCACGUUUGGUUCACGCUUUUGAUAGCAAUGUUCGUAAAAAAUUAGUUCAUUUGACAUUCAAUCAAUUAGUUUGUUCAGAGGAUGGUGACCAACUCGCCAUGCAACUAAUUUCUGGUUUGAUGGAGUAUUAUACUGGCAAUGAUUACAGUGGUACAGUAGAUGAGAUUAGUGCCAAGCUAAGGGAUGGUUGUCCAAGCUACUUCAACGAAUCUGACUAUAAAUAUUUCCUUGCGGUUGAAUGUCUUGAAAGAGCGGCUAUGACACUCAAAGCUGAUGAGAGAGAGAAUCUUGCAAGAGCUGCUUUUAAUCAUCUAACCAAAGUUCCAGAAUCUGUAGAUCUAAGAGCCGUAUGUAAACGAUUUGAAGACCUAAGAUUUUACGAAGCUGUGGUUCGCUUACCAUUGCAGAAAGCUCAAGCUCUUGAUCCCCAAGGUGAUGCUUUCAAUGUUAAAAUUGAUCCCAACCGGCGUGAUAAUUCACUUGCUCAACGACGACAAUGCUAUGAAAUAGUAAUGAAUUCCCUUCGUUCUCUGAAAGGCGAUGUUGGCAAAGUUUCUGGUUCAGGAACUAUCCUUGAUCAGGCAUCUCGUGACAAAUUUAUUCAGCAGAUCAUUCAGCUUAGUGUUCAGUGGCCUGAUACAGCUUUUCAUGAAUAUCUUUAUCGAACGUUAAUUGAACUGGGCCUUGAAAACGAGUUGCUGGAAUACGGGGGCUCUGAUUUGGUUUCAUUUUUGCAGAGUGCCGGAAGGAAACCGCUGCAAGAGGUUCAAACUGCCGCUGCACUAACACCGAUUUCUGCUACAAAAGACACGGAGAUGCUUAUUCCUUCUAGUCAAACCAAAUAUCUUGACCUUCUUGCAAGAUACUAUGUUAUGAAGCGUCAGCAUUUACUCGCGGCUCAUGUACUCUACAGAUUGGCAGAAAGACAAUGUAAUGAUGCUGCUGAGGCUCCUACAUUGGAUCAGAGGCGGCAGUAUUUGAGCAAUGCAGUUCUGCAGGCUAAAAGUGCAACUAGCAUUAAUGGACUAUCAUCUUCAACCAUGAAUUCCAUGGAUAAUGGUUUGUUGGACUUGCUUGAAGCAAAACUGGCUGUUCUUCGAUUUCAAUUGAGAGUAAAGGAGGAAUUGGAAUCUGUUGCAUUUAAACUAGAAGGACAUCAGGUGACUGAUGAAUCACAUCCAAAUGACCCAUUUCCAGGAAGAAAUCUGGUUUAUGAUGCCAAUACUGCAAAGAAUGCUAGAGAUAAGGCUAAGGAGCUGGAAUUGAAUGUGAAGAGCAUCACCCAGUUAUACAAUGAUUACGCUGUACCCUUUCAACUUUGGGAGUUAUGCCUGGAAAUGCUUAAUUUUGCAAACUAUUCUGGAGAUGCGGACAGUAAAAUUGUUAGAGAAACAUGGGCUAGACUCAUUGAUCAGGCCCUAUCAACAGGUGGCAUUGCUGAAGCAUGUAACGUACUGAAGAGGGUGGGAUCAAACCUUUAUUCCGUGGAUGGAUCCUUCAUACCCUUGGACACAUUAUGCCUUCACCUUGAGAAGGCUGCUCUGGAACGUUUGUCUUCAGGCAUUGAAGUAGUUGGAGACGAAGAAAUUGCAAGAAGUCUUCUUGCUGCCUGUCGGGGCAGACCGGAACUAGUGCUGUCUGUUUAUGAUCAGUUGUUAUCAAAUGGAGCUAUUGUGCCUUUGCAAGCUCUGAGGCUUCGGCUUCUGAAGUCAGUUCUCGUGGUUCUUCGUGAGUGGGUUAUGUUGGUUCUUGCUGAUAAGCUCGGCACUACAACAACUGGAGCUUCCUUUAUGUUUGGCAGAACUUCAGCACUGGAGCAGACAGCAGUAAUGCAAAGAGGAAUCCGGGAUAAAAUAGCUAGUGCUACAAACAGGUAUAUGACUGAAGUGCGGCGGUUGGCUCUGCCGCAAAGCCAGAUCGAGCCAAUUUAUCAAGGCUUCAAAGACCUUGAGGAGAAGCUUUUGUCGCCAUCCUCCUUUCAGCAGUACUAAUCCCUCAGUUCUUGUAAGCUUUCUUUAGGUUCCAUAGUAUUCAUGGCAGAAAUACUUUGAUUUUGUUCUCAUUUAUGUUGUUUCUCUCUACAAUAAGAAUUUUUGGUGUCUGUAGUUGGAUUCAGCUUAUAGUUUAGUGUUCUGAUGGUUACUCA